AUGGCAGACGAUCAAAACAAACUCACUGAUUACCGGCUCAACGCCGCGACACUCAACACCGCCAUCCAGGGUAUUGGCAUGGGCGCCUAUCAAUGGCAACUCUUUAUCGUCAUAGGUUUUGGCUGGGCAAGCGACAAUCUCUGGCCGAUCGCGACCUCGCUCAUCCUGGGCCCUGUUACAUCGGAAUUCCACAUCUCCAAUCCGCCAUUCCUGACUCUAGCCCAGAACAUCGGCCUGCUAAUUGGCGCCCUAUUCUGGGGCUUCGGUUGCGACAUCUUCGGCCGCCGCUGGGCCUUCAAUCUGACCAUCGGCCUGACCGCAGUAUUCGGGCUCGUGGCAGCCGCGUCGCCCACCUUCGCGGCGGUAUGCGUCUUCACCGCGCUGUGGUCCACCGGCGUGGGCGGGAACCUCCCCGUCGACUCGGCCAUCUUCCUCGAGUUCCUCCCGGGCUCGCACCAGUAUCUCCUCACCGUGUUGUCUGUGCACUGGUCGCUCGCCCAGCUGCUGGCCACUCUCAUCGCCUGGCCGAUCCUAGGCAACCUCACCUGCCCCAAUGAGGAGACCUGCACCCGCGCCAACAACAUGGGCUGGCGGUACUUCCUCAUCGCCAUGGGCGGGAUAGCCCUUGUCAUGUGCCUCGUCCGCUGGAUUUGUUUCACCUUGUAUGAAUCGCCCAAGUUUCUAAUGGGCAAAGGCCGCUACGAAGACGCUGUGGCCGUCGUCCACGAAGUCGCCCGCCGGAAUGGCACCUCUGCCACCUUGUCCGUGGACGACCUCAUCACCCCUGCAACCACCGCAGACCAGGCCACUACUACCGGGACAAACGUCCUCAUCCGCCAACGACUGGAUCAUCUGACUCUUGGUCACAUCCGAGCCCUCUUUGAUACCCCCCGCCGCGCCUGGUCCACCUCGCUCCUUAUCGUCGUUUGGGGCCUUAUCGGCCUUGGCUUUCCCCUCUACAACGCCUUCCUGCCCUACAUCCAGCAGACCAAGGGCGCCGAAUUUGGCGAUGGCUCGACGGCUCUGACCUACCGGAACUCGCUAAUCAUCGCCGCGGCAGGCCUACCUGGCUCCCUGGUCGGCGGCGUGCUAGUCGAGAUACCCUACCUCGGCCGGCGGGGCGCCAUCAGCUCAUCCGCCGUGCUGACGGGUGCGUUCCUGCUAGCCUCUACAACGGCCAUGUCGUCUUCUGCCCUGCUGGGUUGGAACUGCGCCUAUAGCUUCACCAGUAGUAUUCUCUACGCGGUCCUCUAUGCGUACACGCCCGAGAUGUUCCUGACCAAGGACCGGGGAACGGGGAAUGCAUUGACCGCGGCAGCGAAUCGGGUGGGCGGGAUCCUGGCGCCGGUGAUCGCGCUCGUCGCCGAUCUGAAGACCAGUGUGCCGGUGUAUGUGAGCGGGGGUUUGUUUGUCGUUGCUGGGCUGGUGGUUUUGCUGAUUGGAUAUGAGUCGAGGGGGAAGACGAGUUUAUAG